AUGGAAAUCAUGAACCCCCUUCUCAUAGCGUUUGCCUUGGGAACCAUAAACUGUGACAAUUCAUGGUUAUUGUUCAUGAGGAGGCUUAAAUACUGUUUAGGUGACAAUACAGAAUUUGGUUUCAUAAGCCAUAUGUCUGAUUCUAUAGAAUUUGCAGUCCAUAGAGUCUACCCUGAUUCAUAUCAUGGAUAUUUUUGUAAAAAUAUAGCCAAGAAAAUACGCGCUUCCAUCGAAAACAAUACAGUCGCAGAGCAGUUGUUCUGGAAGACGUGUAAAGCGUAUAAUUUAUCUCAGUUUUAUGCAUGUUUGAACAAUUUAAAAAAUGAGGUAUGGGCUUGUUUUCCAAGAGUACGUUUCAAUGUUAAAUUCAUUGACAUUCCCGAUGUUGUCAAUUGGUUUAAAACAAACAUGCAUGAGUUUCCAAUAACAACAAUCAUUGAAAUCGUUCAUGACUCGAUGCAAGCAGUGUAUCUUCGACGUGCUGCAUUUGGAGUUGAUUUCACAGGGGAUUUCCAUAAUCUUCUAACCCCUUAUGCACUUAAGGUGAUUCAUAAAAGAUUUAUCCACUCGGAUGGUUGUAGGAUUACGCAUAUUGUUGGCGAUAGAUAUGAAGGGACUAAGUAUUCAACAACUGAAUAUGUCCAAUUAGACCAUGGUAUUUGUAGUUGCGGUAAAUGGCAAAAAUGCAGUAUACCUUGUGAGCAUGCUAUAGCUUCACUACACAGACUCGAAAUUGCAGAAAUCCAUUAA